AUGAGAAUCGAACGCUGGGUACUACGUCUUCAGUCCUACAGCUAUGAGAUUGUCCACGAACCUGGAGCAACGAAUCUAGCCGAUGCUCUUUCUAGAUUGGCAGUGUUGGAGCCAAAACCUUUUGAUUUGGAAGGUGAGGAUAACAUUCGUUUCAUGACUGGAAAUGUUACACCGAUAGCAGUAACUGUGCAGGAAAUACGUGAGGAAACAAAGAAGGAUGAGACAAUCGUUGAAGUUUGCCAGGCUCUUGAUAAUGGUAAUUGGACCGAAAAAUCCAAAUGCUAUAAGCCAUAUGCAAUGGAACUCUGCAGUUUCUCUGAUAUGCUAUUGAGAGGUGAAAGAAUUAUUGUCCCCUGUUCACUCCAACCGAAGGUGCUUGAGUUAGCACACGAAGGCCAUCCCGGCAUUGUAGUUAUGAAGAGAAGAUUAAGGCAAAAAGUGUGGUGGCCGUCAAUGGAUAAAGAAGUAGAAGCUUUCGUGAAACGCUGCAAGGAUUGUACGAUAGUGUCUUCGCUAGGACCACCUGAGCCAUUGAUACAGACAAAGAUGCCGGAUAAACCGUGGUGCCAUAUUGCAAUAGAUUUUAUGGGACCUCUACCGUCAGGGCAUAAUUUGCUAGUUCUGGUAGACUAUUUCAGCAGAUUUGUGGAAGUAGUAGUGAUGAAAGAAACAACGGCGACACUUACAAUACAAGCAUUGCACGAAACAUUUUGCAGAUAUGGUAUUCCAGAGUCAUUGAAGUCGGAUAAUGGUCCACAGUUUGUCAGUGAAGCAUUGACACAGUUCUGUAAAGGUUUCGGAAUUCAUUUGCGAAAAUCGACUCCCUAUUGGCCUCAGGCCAAUGGUGAAGUUGAGCGAGCUAAUAGAGCAUUGAAGAAACGGUUGCAGAUCAGUCAAGAAAAUCCGAAGUCGGAUUGGAAAUGGGACCUGAGAAUGUACCUUCUCAUGUAUAAUUCGACGCCGCAUUCAACAACUGGAGUAGCACCUUCUGCAUUAAUGUUCGGAAGAGUUUUGCGAGACAAGUUACCAUCACUUCCGGGUAUUAGAUUGAAGGCGCCAGAAGAGGCUCGUGACAAAGAUCAAGAGCGGAAGUUGAAACAAGGAGAAUAUGCAGACAAGCGUCGUCAGGCGGAACCUAGCUCGCUGAAAGAAGGUGACAUAGUGGUCGCCAGAAGAACGUUGAAGGAAAACAAAUUAUCGAGCAAUUUCGGACCUGAAGAAUUUGUCAUCACGAAGCGAAACGGAUCAGAUGUUACGAUUGAGUCAACCGAAACAGGAAGGACGUUUCAUCGUAACGUAUCCCAUCUUAAGCCGUUACUACGACCUCAAACCAUAGAAGAAGACUUGAAGGUAGGAGAUCAAAACGAAUCGAUGGAAGCUCAGAACGAUCGAGAACAUAUCGUACAGGAAAAAUCAUCCACCGAGCAACACCGACCCAAGCGCGAGGUGAAACGACCAAGUUACCUGCAAGACUUCGAUGUUGGUAGAGUUCAAGACUAG